AUGGAGGCUCGUAAAUUGCUUUCUGGGAAUGAUUCUUCUCCAUCGUUUGUGAGCUCUGGUGGGUGGGUUAUUUUUGUAGUGAUUGGAGUGUUUGGGGUAUUGAUAGUGCUCAUCACUAUAUUUCGAUGCUGUCGUAGGAUAAAUGCAGGGAUUGAGAAUACAGGAGGUAAUGAUUGGAGUCGACGCAAUGAUGGUGGUGAAGGUAAUCAUAGUGGUGAAGGAGGAGAUUCAGUUGGAGAUGUGGAUGGAGGAGGCCCAAAUGAAGGAUUGGAUAGUCAUGGUCAGAGCGACAGCCACGCUCAUGGCCACAGUCACGGUCAUCAUGGAGGAUUUGACGGUCACGGUCACAGCCAUGGUCAUCAUGGAGGAUUUGGUGGUCAUCAUGAUCAUGGCCACACUCACGGUCACCAUGGAGGAUUUGACGCUCAUCAUGCUCAUGGCCACAGUCACGGGCAUCAUGUAGGAUUUGACGGCCAUCACGGAGGAUUUGGUGGUGGUCAUCAUGGAGGAUUUGAUGGCGGUGGAGGAUUUACUGCUGGUGGUGGUGGAGUAUUUACUAGUGGUGGUGGAGGAUUUGAUGGUGGUGGUGGAGGAUUUACCAGUGGUGGUGGAGGAUUUACCAGUGGUGGUGGAGGAUUUACCAGUGGUGGUGGAGGAGGAUCGACUCAGACAUGA